AUGGAAAAGGCCUUCGAUAAAGUCCCCAGGAAAUGUAUUUGGGAAACAUUAAGAAUAUCUGAAGUUGAACCCGGACUAAUUGAAGCAAUCAAAUCCACUUACAAAUCAACCCAGGGAGUGAGACAAGGGGGGGGGGGGGUGCUGAGUCCACUAAUGAUCUUGAUAUUCAUGAAUGGCAUCAUUAAUAAAUGUAGUGCACAAUCCCAAAGAACAGAAGCUGGCUACCAUCGAUUAAGAAGCAUUAAAGUGAGUGAAUGCAUAUUUGCAGAUGACAUUGCACUAAUAGCGAGCUCCGAGCAAGCACUUCAAACCAAUCUAAACAUUUGGGCCAGAGAACUAUCGGUUAACGGAAUGACAAUCAAUCUUGACAAAACAAAAGCCCUAGUCAUAUCCAAUUCUCCUAAAGAAAUUAACUUACCUCUGAAUGGAAAUAAAGUGGAACAAGUAAAAGAAUUUGAGUAUUUAGGAGUCAAGAUAGAUGAAGAUGGAAAACUACAAAAAGAACUAGACAGUAGAAUUGCGAAAACAACAAAACUAUAG